CUGAUCGUCACACAUUCCAUGUAGAACUUUUCAUAUAUAUAUAAUGGGCUGUACAGUUCAGUAGGGUUCAGUAGAUGCUCUGUACUUCACUGGCUGAAUAUGGAAUCAGCUCAGGUGCUUGUCCUGGUUAUAACUCUCUGCAUAGGGACAGCAUAUUCAUUAUCAUGUUACACGUGCACCAGCCAGAGCAGCAACAGUAACUGCAUGACGGCCGUUAACUGUACAGCUGGAACUGACUCCUACUGCAAGACGUCUGUUUCAGCUGCUGGGAUUGGUAGUGUGUCAUUUACCUCCAUCACUAAGGAAUGUGCCUCAGCCUGCACAGCAGUCAACAUGGAUCUUUCAGUUGCUUCCACUUCAGUCUCCUGCUGUAACACAAAUUUGUGCAACACCAGUGGCGCCUCCAGUGUGAAAUCCAGCUCUGGCAUCCUCGCUCUGUCUGUGGGGCUCUUCCUGGCUCUGCUAGGGAAAUCCUCUCUCUGAUGCGCAGGACAACGCCCCCGAGGAUCCAGCAUUUAGUUCUCCAACAAGUUGUCAGAUUUCAUUUAGAUGAUAUUAUCUAUUGGUUGUAAUCAAUAAAAAGAUAAUUAAAACAUAAAUAAA